AUGGACUUUAAUGAAGACCCCAGGUUUUGGAGCAGAAUUGUAGGACGGACGAUAAAACUUACCACAUCCGAUGGCGUGUUUAAGGGGCUCGUAAUAAAUGUUGACGGUGAUCACACUGUUCUGUUAAGCAGAGUUAAGGAUUUAUCAACUAACCGGGAUGUACCUGGAAUCCAGUUCUUCUCAACGUCUGAUAUUACACAUGUGGAAAUACAGCCAGAGAGGCGAGGAGUGAGAAGGGUAAUUAUUCCUGAAGAGGAACCUUUAACAGACACAAAAGAACGCAAUGUGAAAAAAGAUGUGCUUCUAGACCGCUGUCAACAGGAGACUACAGCAGCGGUAGAGAACGUCAUUAGUGCCGUUGAGAAGGAGGACGUGCAAUACACCGUAAUUGACAAGUUUAAGCCCUUGUUUUUCCCUGCCAUCCAAGACCUACAGAGGCAGAAGGUUCUUGGCGUGGCUGCUGCGGGGUUUAACAUGUGUCGGAAUGGGAAACUUUGCUGGCUUCAGGUGGCGAGUAAGAGUAAAGUCUACCUGUUUGAUAUUGUCGUCAUGGGACCGCCAGUCUUUAAAAAUGGAUUAAAGUCAGUGCUGGAGGACAAAAGCAUUUUAAAGGUGAUCCAUGACUGCCGGAGCCUUUCAGACUGCCUUUCACACCAGUACGGAGUGAUUCUUUCCAAUGUCUUUGACACGCAGGUGGCGGAUGUGUGUCUGUUUUACAAGGACACGGGUGGCUUUCUGCCACAUUGUACGUGUACUGUGGACAAGUGCUUGGUCAGAUAUAUGGACAUGCUACCCUUACAAGUCUCCUUCCUGGCGAGCAAGGAUCAACUUGUUAAGGAUGUUCCGAACAUUUGGUUUAUGCGCCCCAUGCCUGUGCCUUUCCUAAAGCUACUAUCCCUGGAAGUGAUCCAUCUCUUGCCACUUCAGUUAGCCAUGGUGGAUGCCAUGAUGUCAGACUUUGCCUCCUUGGUCAGCCGGUAUCUCAGUGUGUACAAACUAAGAACUUUGGAUGGACUGGGCCCAACUCCGUUCUCCAGCUACGAUCUGCCGGAAGAGUUGAGACAACUAAAGAUCUGUCAGGAACUGAGAAGAAAUAAGGCAUUAAAGGAAUUCGGACUUACUGAGAGUGGUUUCCUUGUGCGAUCAGGAGUUCAGCUAGUCAAAAAUGAAGAAAACCUCAAAAACGUACAGGGCUGUAAGCCGCCUUUGGCUGAUGUGCUGUCCCAUCCUGAGAAAAAAGGGCGAUCUCAACCGGCAGCUUUGCGCGGUCUAUCUGAAGAAGCAAACAAGGCCCCCGAAUUACAGAAGAUUCAACCUAAAACCGCAACCCUUGGAGUAAAAGGACGUGAGAUUAUGCCUCUGAAUUCCGUACCAGACAACGAUGCUGCCAAGUAUCCCCAAGUUUUUCAGAGUUUGCAGAAAAGCCCGUCCACCCUGGGUUUGCGAAAUCUCAACUUAAGUGUUCAUCAAAGACCAGCAAGCAAUCCGCUGCCAGUUAUUCCUCUCUCUUGCCCGUGGAGAACACAAAUUCGGAUGUCUGCUCCCCAGCUUUUGGCCAAAACUUUACAUAAAUAG